GACCUUGUAUAAUCUGCUAUGCUUAGAGUUUCAGGGUUUCUGCCUAUUGGAGUAAAAAUUAGUCAGAGUUUCAACACUGUUUAUUUUGACAACGGUCUAAGUCACUGUAAGGGCUCUAGGACAGCACUAUCUGCUGGUACCCAGCAGAGUAAAGAAUGCCUUUCUGGACCAGCGCACAGACCCCUUCUCAUUGUCUGCUCCUUUUGCUUCCUCGGCCAUUCACAGCUUAGGUUCCGGAACACGGCAAAUCCAUUUAAAGGGCUUGGGAAUUGUCAAACCAUGGCCAGACAUCGCGCCUUGUGUUUCAUUUUACUAAUCUUACUGACUGACAAGAGUGAAGCCUGUUUUUGUGACCACUACCCAUGGACUCACUGGUCCAGCUGUUCUAAAUCCUGCAAUUCUGGAACCCAGAGCAGACAGAGACAAAUAGUAGUGAAUGAUUACUAUUGGAAUAACGCAUGUGACCAGCUUUGUACCAAGUGGGAGACCAGAGAGUGCAACGUGCAGACAUGUCCCAUCAACUGUGUCCUUGGAGACUAUGGGCCAUGGUCAGACUGUGACCCUUGUAUUGAAAAACAGAUUAAAGUUAAAUCUAUCCUGCGCCCGAGUCAGUUCGGGGGACAACCAUGCACAGAGCCCCUCGUGACCUUUCAACCCUGUGUCCCAUCCAAGCUUUGCAAAAUUGAAGAGGCUGAUUGCAAGAAUAAAUUCCUCUGUGACAGUGGGCGCUGCAUUCCCCGGAAGUUAGAAUGUAAUGGAGAAAAUGACUGUGGAGACAAUUCAGAUGAGAGGGGCUGCGGCAGAACAAAGGCGGUAUGCCCACGGACGUACGAGCCCAUCCCUAACGUGCAGCUGAUGGGCACUGGGUUUCAUUUUCUGGCAGGAGAGCCCAGAGGAGAUGUCCUUGAUAACUCUUUCACUGGAGGAAUAUGUAAAACUGUCAAAAGUAUUCGAGCAAGUAAUCCAUACCGUGUUCCAGCCAAUCUGGAAACUGUCAACUUCGAGGUACAAACUGUAGAAGAUGAUUUGAAAACAGAUUUCUACAAGAAUUUAAUCAAUAUUGAAAAUAAGAAAAAUGAAGCUCCUUCGUUUUCAGGUGAACGGAAAGAGUUUUAUGGUGUGCCAAUUUUGUUUUCCUCAAAGACAAGUAGAAGAUUCCAACAAAACUCAGCCUUCAAGGAAGCUAUCCAAGCCUCCCACAAAAUGGAUUCUAGCUUUGUCAGGAUCCAUAAAGCAAUCAAAGUCUUAAAUUUCACAAUGAAAACGGCAGACCUGCAGCUUUCAGAUGUCUUUCAAAAAGCCCUUCACCAUCUGCCUUUAGAAUACAACUCAGCUUUGUACAGCCGGAUAUUUGAUGACUUUGGGACCCACUACUUCACUUCAGGCUCCCUUGGGGGCAAGUAUGACCUUCUCUACCAAUUUAGCAGCCAGGAGCUUAAGAACUCAGGUCUAACAGAGGAAGAAACCCGGAACUGUGUCCAGUAUGAAACAAAGAAACGCUUUCUCUUUUUUACAAGCACCACGAGAGAACAGCGGUGCACAACGAAUAAGCUGUCUGAAAAAUACGAAGGUUCUUUGUUGCAGGGAGCAGAGAAAUCCAUAUCCCUGGUCCAGGGUGGGAGGAGUCAGCAAGCAGCAGCCUUGGCCUGGGAGAAGGGGAACUCUGGUCCAGAGGAGAAAGUCUUUUCUGAGUGGUUAGAAUCAGUGAAGGAAAACCCUGUUGUGAUUGAUUUUGAGCUCGCCCCGAUCACCGACUUGGUCAGAAACAUCCCGUGUGCAGUGACAAAACGGAACAACCUGAGGAAAGCGUUUCAAGAAUAUGCAGCCAAGUUUGACCCUUGCCAGUGCGCUCCGUGUCCUAAUAAUGGCCGUCCCACGCUCUCAGGCACGGAGUGUCUGUGUGUGUGCCAGAGUGGUACCUACGGGGAGAACUGUGAGAGGCGGUCUCCGGAUUACAAGUCCGAGGCAGUAGAUGGAAACUGGAGCUGCUGGUCAUCCUGGAGCACGUGCAAUGCAGCUUAUAGGAGAUCGAGAACUCGGGAGUGUAAUAACCCUGCUCCCCAGCGAGGAGGGCAGCGCUGUGAGGGCGAGCAGCGGCAAGAGGAAGACUGUACAUUCUCAAUAAUGGAAAAUGUUGGACAACCAUGUAUCAGUGACAAUGAAGAAAUGAAAGAGGUAGACCUUCCUGAGAAAGAAACAGAUUCAGGGUGUCCUCAGCCAGCUCUGCCAGAAAAUGGAUUUAUCUGGAAUGCAAAGAAACUGUACUCCGUUGGGGAGGAAGUUGAAAUUUCCUGUCUUACUGGAUUCAAAGCUGUGGGAUACCAGUACUACAGAUGUUUACCAGACAGAACCUGGAGGCAAGGAGACGUCGAAUGCCAACGGACCGAGUGCCUCAAGCCAGUUGUUCAAGAUGUCCUGACAAUCUCCCCAUUUCAGAGAGUGUAUAAGAUUGGUGAAUCCAUUGAGCUGACAUGUCCCAAAGGCUUUGUUGUUUCUGGGCCAUCAAGAUACACAUGUGACGGAGACUCCUGGACUCCUCCCAUUUCAAAUUCGUUGACCUGCGAAAAAGAUGCUCUGACAAACUCAAAGAGCCUUUGUCAACCAGGACAAAAACAGUCAGGAUCCGAGUGUGUCUGUAUGUCUCCAGAAGAAGACUGCAGAAAUUAUUCAGAAGAUCUCUGCAUAUUUGAUGUGGGAUCCAGCCAAUACUCCACUUCAUCUGCCUGCAAAUUUUUGGCUGAAAAAUGUUUAAACAACAGCCAGUUCCAUUUUGUGCAUACUGGUUCUUGCCAAGAAGGCCCACAGUUAGAAUGGGGUCUUGAGAGGCUACGACUUGCAUUGAAUAGCACAAAGAGAGUGUCCUGUGGAUAUGACACCUGCUAUGACUGGGAAAAAUGCUCAGCCCACACUUCCAACUGUGUCUGCCUGUUGCCCUCACAGUGCUCCAAGGAUGGAAACCAACUCUACUGUGUCAAAAUGGGAUCAUCACCAAGUGGGAAAACAGUAAACAUCUGUACCGUGGGAGCGGUGAGGUGUGCAAACAGGAAGGUGGAAAUACUGAACCCCGGGAAGUGUUUGGAUUAGCAUAGUUACUGAUAAAUGAAUUUCCUAUCCAUUGUUUUUGAAACCCCAAAAGUAGGGAUGGGAACAGGGACAGGAAGUGGGUAAGCAAAUGGAUGGGAACAAAGUAUAAUGGCACAUAUGUUCAAGGAUGCCGUGACAAAACCCAUUCCUUCGUAUGAUAACCUAAAAAAAUAAUUUUUAAAGCAUUAUAUGAAGAGAAAACUGGCAUGGCCAUAAAUUACUGGAAAAAUUC